AUGCGCCUCCUUGGGGCGGGGAACAGUAGCGUCGUCUUCGCGCUGCCCGACGACGACGCGGCGGAGGCGGCGCGGGCGGAGAAGCGGGAAGAGGGCGCGUCAGAGGCGGAGGCUGUCGCUUCGGUCGCCGAGCGGCUGCUUGCGGGGGGCGGAGGCACACUGCAGCGGCUGCGGGGCCGCCUCGCGCUGCGGCUAAGUAAGGCAAUUACCUCUGCAUGCUCGACAUGCGACCAGGCCCUGGCGGACUUCGUCGGCUUCCGGCAUGAAAUUUCACUGACGGAGGCGCUUGCGAAGUCCUGCGCCGCCGCUGCCGCCGCUUCCCCAUCGCUGCGGCAGCACUGCGAGGGCGCGGGACACGCCCACGUCAUUCCCAACUUCGCAGUCAAUCCAGCUCUUCUCUUAGGAGGUAAACGCGGGUCACGAUGGCUGGCCGUAGAAAUUAAGCCAAAAGGAGUGUGGCGGCCCCCGCGUGUGGUUGGCAUCGUCGUGGAUGGUGUGAAGUAUUACAUUAAUCCGGUAAAGCUCCACCAGUGCCGUUUUUCGCUUAUGCAGUUCUUUAAGCAUGAACAACAUAGAGUGGGAAUGACGCUACCAGGUGAAACAGACUCCAUGUACUGUCCCAAUAUGGUACUACUAGGGGACCAAUCUUCUGUGGCGGCUGGACUACUGCACCUAAUUCGUUGUCCGGCAAACAACUUUCGUUUUAUUCCUGUGGAAAAUCCUUUGGGUGAGAUCCGCGAUGCGGACGUUGAAGGUUUGUCCACCGCGUUACAUGAAUCAGGCGUUUUAAAGGUGUUGGGAAACCUGCAGAUGUACGGUUCUGGCAGUCACGCGGACUGGGAAGUGCUAGACAUUGAACUCUUGUACCGGUGGAGUUGUGCCAGGGAAAUGUCGAGUGUGCGGUGGAUUGUGCGUGCAUCGGAGGCCUCGACCUCUUUGAACGUGGAGUGUGAUUGCCGGCGUGGCAUACGGGCGGCCGCAAUGGAAGCAGGACGAACGGAAGAUAUCAAAACACAUCUUCUCUCCCCACCAAUGGGGCUAGCGGAAUGUGUCGACCGUUUUUACGCCUCGACCACGGGAAAAGAUGUGUCGGUGGUGGUGUCGCUGUUGAGGGGGAGUGCGGCGGCCGCGGUGGGUGAUGGGCCGGCGGGGAGUAGGCGGCCUUUGGAACUGGCCCAGUGGAAGAGUUCACACGGUGGCGUUUUUGUGGACUUUGGGUUUCCCACUGCGAGCAUAUUCCGCAUCGGCGUCGUGGACAUUGACGCCAAGCUGCACAAGCCCUUGCGGCAUUACUUUAUGCUAGACAAGGACAUUCUCGCCGCCUGGGAGCGGUGGAAAAGUGCAUCGAUGCCGCCGUUGCGCGGCGACGCCGCGUGA